CGCUAACGCCUUAUAUAUUAGUCGUCGCCAGAUCAACGGAUUAGUUCCCGGAUCGGAUCGGAUCGCCAUGGCUUCGCCGAAAGAGAAAAGGAUCGGCGUGGCCUCGCCGUCGGGGGCCAGAGAUCGGCUGAGCGACCUCCCGGACUUCCUGCUGGGCCACGUCCUCUCCUUCCUCCCGACCAAGGAGGCCGGCCGCACCGCGGAGCUGUCCCGGCGGUGGCGCGACGUCUUCUGCAACGUCCAGACCGUCUCCUUCGCCGAGCGCCAGGGCGCCAGGGCCAAGGACUGGACCACCUUCUACUACGAGGCCCAGGAGCAGAAGAGCUGCAGCGCCCUGCUCCUCGACGACGUCUGGAACGCGCUGCUCUGCCGCCGCCGGUGCGCCCGCGCCCACGUACCGCUGCACCGCCUCCGCGUCGCCUUCGACGACUGCCACUGGUGGAACGAGCACCAUGUCAACCAGUGGCUCUCCUACGUGCUGCGCCACAGCAGCCAGGAGCUCCACCUCGACCUGCGCUUCCAGCUCGGCCCGGUCUGCGCGCGCAAACCUUAUGGCAGGCACGGGCGCAAGGGAGGGGACGCCUGGUAUGAGAUGCCGAGGAACCUCUACUCCUGCGCCGUGUUGCGCUCGCUGCGCCUCAGCUACUGCUUGCUGAACCUGCCGGACGCCGCCAUCAACCUGCCGUUCCUCGAGACGCUGCACCUGACCGCCGUCGACGUCGGUUCCGGGACCUGCUGCGUCGAGCGGUUGAUCGCGAGCUGCCCCCGCCUCGUCGACCUGACGCUGGAGUCCGACACUGGCGUGGAGAGAGUCUCCGUCCUCGACAGACGCCUCCGCCGGUUCGCCCUACGGUGCUGCCACGAAGUGGAGUCCGUUGACAUCGACGCCUCCGAGCUGAUCUCGCUGGACUACUGCGGCCCGGUCCCCGAGGAGGAGUUCCUGUCCCUGCACGGCGCGCCGGGAACCAUCAUGUCGUGCACGGUCGAUUUCUGCAAAGUCCUUUCCGAGGAGGCGGAGCUCGCCAGGUUCAGGGGGUUUAUGGAGAAAUUUUCCGGCGUGAAGCACCUGCAUCUGCACCAUCGGCGCCUUCCGGCGACAUCCUUCCAGGGAUUCCCCUCGUUUCCCAACUUGACGAGGGUGGCGCUGCAAGGUCCCCUUCUGAGUCCUGACGCGGUGCGUCAAAUCCUGGAGCAAACACCAAGCCUGGAGAUCCUCUCGUUGUUCAUGGAACGCCCCGUGGUUCCUGAUGAUUCCGACAAUGAUGAUGAGUCGGUUUCCGACGAGUUCACAGCUCAGUCGAUUCCCGACGAGCUCACGGCUCCCGACGAGUUCACAACUCAGUCGAUUCCUGACGAGCUCACGGCUCCCGACGAGUCGAGCUUCUCGAUCCCGUGCUUGCAACAUCGCGUGAAGGAGAUCAACAUGGUUCAUUACGAGGGUGACAGGCUGCAGGGGAUGAUGGCCAAGCUUUUGUUCCGGAACGCGCUUGUCCUCGAAAGGUUCUGCGUUGUGCUCGUCAAGGGACCAUUCGCGCUGCAGGAUGGACUCAAGAAGGAGAUUGAAAGCUGGGUCGUGGCCGCCGAUGCAGAACCGAUUUUCCUGUGACUGAUUAUUAGUCGGUUUGUAUCUUCCAUGGACGGAGCUUAGAUUACACAUACAUUUUUGUAAAAGUAAUUCAGGAUAGUUUUGCCCGUAAGAUGAAGAUAUCAGGAUUUUAAUUUUGAAGGAACAUGAGAAUACUUCUUCAUGUAAGAUCGUUUGUUAGACUGUUGUGUUAUGUGUUGCCGAGAAAUCUCUGGUUCUAGUGGAUAAACAUUAAAUCAGUAUGGUGGUUGUUUGAA